AUGGAAUCUAUCGUCAUAUACCAUGACAUGAGCAUUAACUCGGCUGUAAGAAUCGCAGAAUCAUCAUCAUCAUUUGUAAAUUCCAAACUUAUGUUUAUCACCAAAAGUGUACACGUCAUACUAUAUCUAACCGAUUUCAAUCCCCAUUCAGUUCACAGAAUGGAUGUCGACAUAGCUACAACAAGCCUCCAGUCUGAGAAGACAGCCCCUUCACCAAUGGAAGAAGAUGAACUGUGCACUAUAUGCAUGGACAAGAUUAUAACAUGUGUGACUGUAUAA